GUGAUUUUAGUGAAUGUCACUUUUUGUCAUUUUCAAAUUUCCCGCCAGUUCCUGUCCCCUGUACGUCCUGACGCUCGCAGGGGACGGAACCCAGAUGACAGAUGCCGGCAUCUGCUAGAUUACAUUGCCGGGGACACUGCAGGAGGGACAUUGCGGGAGCACAGGACAAGGUAAGUGAUCGAGGGAUCGCGGAGCAACGCCACAUGGUAAGCCCGAGUGCAGCUCGGGGUUACCGCUUGUGGUACUGAAACUUUACCCCGAGCUACACUUGGGAAUACCGCCAGGGAGCUGUAGUAGUAUAUAAUGGAGGUUAUUUAUUAAAAGAUUGUGGAUAUUAUUUAAAACCCAGUGACUCAAGUUUUCAGAAAUUUUAUAAAAAUGUGAAAGAGGUCAGUUCAAUCU